UUAAAGGAAGUAAGUGCUAAAAUAUUGAAAAGGAAAACCCAAAUAAAGAUGUGGCAUAAUUUCCUUCUCAAAAGAAAUUGUCGGCCACAGUUAAAAAAUGGCUAGCUUAAGCUAUAUCGAAUAGGCACGUCGUCUGCUGUGCCCGUUUUCAAACACAAUUGGCAUGUAGGAGAAAGCCUUACCAUCUUAUGACCUGAAUAAAUUACCGUCCAAUAUCUGCCAGUGUUUUUCUUGACCUGUGAGAGGAAAGUUGCCUUAUUAUCUGGCACCAAGGAAUUGCCUGUCCUUCACUGAAUUAGUUGAGCUAUAGAAAAGAAUGUUUAUGAAGUUACAACAAUCAGUUUGUUCUCAUAAGAAGCUAUUGGGAAAUGCCAAGAGAAUCCCCAUGUCCUAGGGGCUUGGUUCUACAGUAAAGGUUGUGCAAUGUUGAAAGCAAAAUGUGCUAGGUGGCUAGGUGCACAUCACGAGUUUGAAGCUUGGCUGUUAGACCAAGUUUUGUGUUUAAGCGGAGAGAGCAGAGUGACGAGCCUAAUAUCCCAAAAAUUUCUCGGUCAUAAAAAGAAUUGACGAGAGAGUCCACAAGAUUUUGCCGUUAGGACAGUGUUCCAAGAGUUCGACAUGUCUUCGUUUGCGAUCAUUUUCAAGCUCUUGAAUUCCUUUUCAGAUCUGUGCAUCAUCCAGUGUAUUCCUUCCCAAAACAGGAAAUGAGCCUGCUAAGGUCUAGAAACAAUGUGGAACAGAUAAUAAACGGUAUCUUUAGUCUCGCUGCACAUAGUAUAUCCUUUUUUUCAUUUUGAAAGCAGAGAGUUCUCAGUGUUUCUGUCUGUUAGGUAGCUGCAGUUCUGAAAACUUCUGACCACCCUCUAGAGGCUGUAUAAGAUCGUCGCCAACUUUUUGUUGAUACUUGAAUGAAUUGGACAAUCUUUCCCAUGGUUCUGUAAAUGAAACUUGAAAGUAUCAUUCUCGUGUCUCCUACAUCUUUUCGUCCUUUCUCAUUUUUCCUAAUUAGGGAAAUACUACCAUGUGACUUAUCAAAAGGGAAAAAAAUCACUACUAACAUGUGUACUUUUCUUCCUGUUGAGAGAACCUUGAAGAGAUAAAUACCUAUAUAUACACAUAUAUUGACAGUGUAAAGAAUUUCCAUACAAUCACUAUAAUCUAAUCGAUUGUAGCAGGUUAAUUCUUCAAUAAUAUCAAGGCUUUUCUGAUUCAGUUGGGCUUCUACAACGCCAUAAUCCACAAAUAGAAAGGAGCUUCAUUUUAUCUUUUAGUUCCGGAAAAUGGAAGAAUAAUCUGAUGGGUCUAGGAAGAAGUGGAUGGAUUCGUUGUCUUUGCCCUCUCAUCUGAGUUUGAGGAGCCAGUACAUACUCAGCUAGAAAACCAGGAGUUGCAGUUCCUGAAUUUGUAAAAUUGCAUAAAGGUAGCUCAAAAACCAGAUAUUUACCUCAAAGGUAUCGUAUGGCCACUGCAAAUAGGGAGGAGUUGAAUGGGAUAGAAGAAGGUGAUGGAGUGAUAAUUGUGGAUCAUGGGUCCCGCAGAAAGGAGUCCAAUCUUAUGCUAAAUGAAUUUGUAGCAAUGUUUAGAGAGAGAACCAAAUACCCCAUUGUGGAGCCUGCACACAUGGAGCUAGCAGAACCAUCUAUCAGAGAUGCGUUUAGUUUAUGCGUUCAACAAGGAGCACGUCGAGUUAUUGUGAGCCCCUUUUUCCUUUCUCCUGGACGACAUUGGAACCAGGAUAUACCUUCUUUAACAGAUGAAGCUGCAAAAGAGCAUCCAGGAAUAUCUUAUGUCAUUACUGCACCUCUUGGCCUUCAUGAAUUACUUGUUGAUGUUGUGAAUCAUAGGAUCAAUCAUUGCUUGAGUCAUAUUGCCGGGAAAGCAGAUGAGUGUUCAGUUUGUGCUGGAACUGGAAAAUGUCAGCUUCGGCAGUGAUAAUAUAUAUGAAGCUUACCUAGGCUUUGUUAUGUGGAGAGAAUCUGCUGUUGCUGAUGCCAGUUGACUUAGUCGGAUCUGGACGCGAAGUUACUGCCGCUUGAAAGUAUGUUCAAUUAUCUCCCACAACUCAAGCAUCCAAGUUACCACAAGGACUUUGAUAUUUGCGAGUUAGUAACAGCUUUCAAAUACAAAUAUCAACUGGAGAGUGCUUAGUUUCUCCACACAGCUGAUGGAUAGUUGGGGGAGCUGGACUGCAUCAUGAUUAUUCUCAUCUUUAAUGAAAUUUCGUCAAUGUUGUAAAUCAUAUAGGGUGGUUCAGAGCUGUUAUUACUGAACUCAUGGCUGGCCAUCAGGUGCUGGUGGAUUGCUCUUUAUUCCUAGAGUAUUUGGUUUGAGAGUAUUGCAGUCUUAACAGUUUGUGCUUUAAUGUGUCUUCCUUUACUCAUUACCAUUAGUUAACAAGGAUUUUAUAUACAUGGGUUGUAGCUAAAA